GUAAUGUAUAAUUUUGAACAUUUUAAAUUUUUCACUCGACCAUAACGAAGCACGGAUACCUAGACAUGACACCGGAACUCGAUUUAUUCACAUCUCGAUGCGGGGGCGAUUUGCGGGUGAACCGCGAAUCGGCUUCGCCGUCCAAUCGGUCGAAUGUGGUGUGGAACAUCUGCAAAGUUUUCUCACAGUUCGUGGACGUGCAUGCGGUGUUUGUGUAGCAGGUUACGCUGCGCUCUCCGCGAAAUGACGUUUGUUGCUAAAUAUUGGCCGCACCGGAGCAAGCAGUAAACCGCCGUGAUAUCCACUGCCGUGGUCUCUCCCUACGUCGAAGACCAGGUACGAGUGUCGGAGUCAUCUGCGACGGUCCAUCCGUCCGUCCGUACGCACGUCGCACAUCGUAGGCACCGUCGUGCGCCGGACUGAACCCUCGCGACUACGACAGGAACGAGCGAGCGCGGCGGUGAGGUUAGGACGUGCAAAAGUCGAGUCGAAGGAGUCGACGUGCGCGCAGCCGAUGCUGACUCCCCGACUCAGCGAAGAAUAUGAACGAUUAUUACCGCAUCAGAUAUGACAUUAAGUGGCAUCAGUAAUCAGAAGUUACAAUGAUUGGUACAGCCUGUACUUUGGAAGAUGCGUGUCGGCAGGCUCAGGAUAUGAUUAAUCUAGCAUCCAGAUGUUGGAAGAAUACCCAAGGUCAGAAUUCAUUGACCUUAACAUCGGAUAAAUCAUUAUCCUCUCAGAAAAAAGAACAGAGUUACUCCAGGCAUAGUAUCCAAUCUAAACUCACCAGACUCUAUUUUGAAGAACUUUCUAAAGUUCCUCAUGCAACCCCAGAUUCAGUUUUGAACAAUCUUGAGAAUGAGUGUGAUCUUUUGGGGCGGUUAGUGCAAAGGGAAGGUUUAAAUACAUUAAUCGUUAAUCUUUAUGCUGGUAAUAAAGGAUACUCAUUAGCUGUAAGAAAUAGUGAUAAGGGGAAUCAGUACGAUAAAAAUUCAUUAGCUGAGACUCAACUCAUGGGUUACGAACAGGGUGAACUACUUUCGUGCAUAGAUAAUGGCCAAUUGCCAGCUAUGUUAGCCGAACAACUGGAAUCUAGUUAUUCACAUUUAUUUUACGACGGCUGCAUAAUUGCUGAAGUUCGAGAUUAUCGAAGAUCAUUUCCUCACAACAGAGCUGACGUUCAUCAUGUACUUCUUAAACCUACCACACAGAGUGUACUUUCGGACAUAUCGACACUUACGAGUGACGGAGAUUGGAGCCAUGAAGAGCGAUUAAUGUUGGAAUCACAUCUAAUGGCAGCUACUCAAGGUCCUCUAUGUCUGGAUCCGAAUCCUGUUCCCACUUUAGCUAGUACAAGAAUUAAGCAGUCUAAAUCAUUGCUUACCGAUCAUCAACUCAUGCGACAAGCUAAAAAAUUCUCUCAGGUCACAGUAAAUCGUAAAAGAAAAUUAGAACAGUUCGCUCAACCAGAAGGACAAACAAUACAUGACUUAAUAUUGAAAUUCCGAAAGUCCGAAAAUACGAAAAGAAGAGUAUUAGCAACCAAUACUGCCUGUCCACCGCCUUCUCUUACAAACCCUCCUCUGCUUCCACCGUCUACAGCAAUCGAAGCUUUAAGAUUCGCGAAAGUAUACGAACGGCCACGGGAAUCAAAAGACUGUUCGCCGCAAGUUGUAGAAGAAUAUAUAUUAGAACCUGCGGAAAGUCAGGAUUAUAUAAAGCUCUCGAUCCUGCAAAGACCCGCUACUUCCGAGUACCUGGGAGAACUUUAUAUGGACAAGAAUCAUCAGGAUGGAGAAAGGAAUGGUUCUUCUUGCCGAUUUCCAUUGGGUACCAGAGCUGUAGUUAAUCAUUACUAUCAGCAAUUUAAAGAAAUAUUUACCGAAGAAGGUAGGAAAAAUGUAAGAAUAAAACAUAUUGUACCAGGACAGGCUCCUCGUAUUGCAUGUACACCAGGCAUGCAGCGAGCCCAUCAACAGGCGCAACAAGCAAAAGCGGCGCAAUUAGCUCAACAGUUGCAGCAGGUUCAGUCUCAACACUCUCAACAUGUAGCACAACAGAUUCUAUCACGGGCUCAAGGGCAACUAACUAAUUUGGCCAGUCAAGUAGCCUCGAUGAAGGCUAUGACAGAAGCUUCUACCUCUGCACAAAAUAAUCUUACGUGCGUGGACUCGGCAAAUAUGCCGCAAGUUAUUCCACAGAAUGACGUUACCGCAUUGAGUUCAGCACAAUCUUUAGCCAAUGGUGGCCCUAACGCGUCAACCUCCGUGCAAAUUGAUAACUCUGCGAUGGCAGUAGCAGAUAACACUUGUAAUGGUUCUGGUAUUCUGGUCUUUCAGAAGUCGGCUGGUACUAUUAAUAACGCGGCACCCACCAAUGUUCCAGUUUUGCAAGCGCAAUUACAGGCGGGAACACAGAACUGCAUAGGUGAAACUGCCAAUCAGAGUCAAAGCGAGCCGCCGUUCAAGAAACAUUCAAAUAAUCCAGCAAUAAACGCUCUUGUUACUUCCCUCAUGAACUCCGCACAGCAAUUUCAACAACAAGCUGCAGCCAAUGCUGCAGCUGCAGCUAUGAAUAACAAUACACAAGCUACAAACAAGUCCAACAAUGCCGCGAUCCUUAGUUUAUUAAAUAGUACUCCUGCAAAUAUAGCUCAACGUAAGGUUCAAUCCCAAAGGAUCUCUCUUAAUGCUUCCAUACCACCUAGAGUUAUCAGUCAUGGCAAUGUGAUCAACGUGCCCAACACCACUGGUCAAGUACGCGUGAGUUUAAGCUCCUCUGCUUUAACGGGACAGUUAAGUUGCAAGCAACAACCAGUGAAAGCAACUGCUGUAAGGCUUGCGCGAGUUCAAGAUCCUACAUCUACUCUUGGAUUAUCAAUGCCGGGACUUUCGGCUUUGCUUGCUGGCACGCCAUCGGCUGCACCCCAAUUAAUACCAUCUGGAGUAAAAGGAUUGUCGCAGCAAAAUAGGAGUAAUAACGCAGUGGCUCUUGCACAGGGAGGACAAGCAAUCCAACUUAUUGGAUCUCAAAGACAACGAUUUAAUCAUAUGACUCGUCAAGUACAAUCGAAUCAAGUUAAAUCGGCUGUUUUAUCGAAUCAAUUGGUGACAGUUGCCAAAACUGUAACGGCCAGUCAGCUGAUAUUGUCUGGUAAUAAACAAGUAUUAACUCCUAUAAUGGCCGCGACAAAACCUGUGCUUAUGGCGUCACAGACGACGCCUUCUUCCCAAGUAGUACCUGUUAAUAAACAAACUCUAUUGACAAAAUCCUUGCAUGCUAGGGCUUCUACCGGUCAAUGCAGUCAACAGACGCAAAGUCUCGGGGUGACUACUUUAUCACAACAACAACUUCAGCAGUUACUAGCUGCACAGCAUAAAGUUGCCGUCGCGACGGGAAGUUCUCAGAAUAGGACGCAAAUUGAAGCUCAGAGAAAUUCUACGUCUGCCCCAGGGGAAGAUCCCGCCUGAAUAUGUUCAAAUAAAUGAUAACGAUCAUGUUACGUCGAAAUAAUUGAAGCCCGCCCCUGAAAGAAAUAUAAAGAGGCAUUUGUAUAUUACAUCAUGAUUAUCAAUGAAAUUUUAAUUUUUGCAUAUGGAAAUUGUAUGAUGAAUUGCGUUUUUCUUUUAAGUCGUUUAUUUAAUUACAAAGAAAUUUUACUCUAGCAACAAUAUACAGAAAUAUUUUACCAAAUCAGUAUUACGUAAUAUUUAUGAUCAUGUGCAAUAAAUGCGGUUCUCUCAAAUAUC